UUUAGCUGGAGCCCUGGAGCUGGAGUAAGCACGAGCUGGAGAAAGGACAGUAUAAAAUAAAUAGCUUUUCUUAUUUCAUCUUCCCCUCAGAGUUCACUCAAAAUAACUGAACAGAAAUGCAAGGAAAAAUUUAAUGUUGAAGUAUUAGAAGGAACUUAUAGUCUUGAAUUUUCAUAGUUCAAGUACAAGACACGUGAAGUCCUAGAUAACAGUUUAUAUACAAUAUCGUAUUAAAUAAAUCAAUUCAAAGACAAUGGGAAAACUUCGUAAAAAGGGAGAAAGUGGUGCAGCAACUCUUUACAUUGCCAGAAAUCAGGCUUUAAACAAGUUGCAACUUAGUUUACCAGACUUCAGGCGUCUAUGUAUUCUGAAAGGAAUAUAUCCAGUUGAACCAAAGAACAAAAAAAAAGUUAAUAAAGGCAGUAGUGCCAACAGAACAUAUUACUAUGUUAAAGAUAUUCAGUGGCUUGCACAUGAACCUGUGUUGAACAAGUUUAGAGAAUUCAAAUCAUUUUUGAAAAAGCUAAAACGAGCCAUAGGGAAAGAAGAACCAGGGACUGCAGAGCGCCUUGAGGAAAACAAACCAGUUUAUACUCUUGAUCACAUUGUGAAAGAAAGGUAUCCAACAUUUAUUGAUGCUGUCAGAGAUCUUGAUGAUGCUUUAUCAAUGGUUGUCUUAUUUUCAAGUUUACCACAAACAGAUAAAAUUGAAGGAAAAGUUGUUAAAGAAUGUAAAAAAUUGUACGUGGAAUUUCAACACUACGUAAUUGCAUCAAAGUCAUUGCGGAAGGUGUUUUUCUCAAUCAAAGGAAUCUAUUUUCAAGCUGAGAUCUUUGAUCAUCCAGUUACAUGGAUUAUGCCAUACACAUUUUGUCAAGCUAUGCCUGCUGAUGUUGACUUUCGAAUAAUGCUAACUUUCAUUGAGUUUUAUAAAACAUUGUUAGGAUUCAUCAAUUUCAAACUGUUUAACUCUGUUGGCUUAUUUUACCCUCCAAAGCUAACCAAUGUAGAGAUGAAUUCAAAACAUUCUGUUUGUGGAGAUUCUGAAAUGGAAGAAGAAGGUAUCGCUGCAUUAAGUCAAUCUUUGUUGAAACUCCCACAAGAAUCAAAUGAUGAAGUUGAACUGGAUCAGUUCCCAUUGGAGACAGAGGAUGAUGAACAGUUGCAAAAAGCAAGAAAGGAACAGGAAAAUAUCGGAAGAUUACAAAACCUUUUUUCUAAUUGUAAAAUAUUUUUAUCUCGUGAAGUUCCCAGGGAUUGUUUGGUCUUUAUUAUAAGGAGUUUUGGCGGGAAGGUUUCCUGGUCAAGUUCCCUCGCUCUGGGUUCAACUUUUGACGAAACAGAUGAAGAAAUAACACAUCAGAUAGUCGACCGACCUUUACAGGGGCGCAAAUUUUUGUCCAGAUAUUAUGUACAGCCUCAAUGGAUUGCGGACAGUGUAAACUACCAGAAAUUGCUACCAGUCGAGGAUUAUUUUCCUGAAGUUGACCUCCCUGCACAUCUUUCGCCUUUUGUUAAAGAAGAGGAAGGAGACUACAUCCCACCGGAAAGACAAGCAAUGUUGGAUGAAAUGAAAGAAAAGGUGGCGCCUGAAAAAGAAGAAAACAUCGAUAAGAUAUCACAGACGCCAACUCUCACCAAAGAAGAACGAAACCUUGCAAAAAUGGUGAUGCCAAAGAAGAAUAAAAGACUACUCGAGAAAAUCGAAUAUUCCAAGAGGAAAAAAUCUUCUAUGGUGAAGAAAUUGCAAGAUAAAAGAAAGGCAAUUGACGAUCAGAAAUCAGUAAAGAAAGUGAAGAUAAAGUAAUCCGUAUUUACAACCCAAGAAAAGAAUGAGUUCAUAUGGUUAUCAUCUCAUAACGUGGUUUGCUUGACUGAAUGAAGGUUUUAACUUUUUGAAUACAUACGUACCUUUUUCGACUAUUUUAUGAAAUAUAAUACACAUCAAAAAUAUAUUUCAAAUACUGUAUACUACGUAAUAUAUUGUUAUUGCCUUUGAAAAUCAGAAAAUGUAUAAAGUCCUCUUAAAUGAAAAUUCAUUUAAAUUACCGAAAUUUCCUUCAGAGAAA